UGACCCACCGAGAUUCCUUUGAUUUGGAAAUUCCGAUGAGAUGAUUAUCUUAAGUUUGGAAAUUGCUCGAGUUUCAUGAAAGUCUCAUGUCGCAGUUUAGAUUUAAAGUAUCAGCUGGGUCGCCGCGUGGCUGCAAGAAAAUGGCUGUCAUUUCAGGGUUCAUCUUUCUGUGCACGCUCCAUGCUGCAAUCCCUCAAGUUCUCGUGCCUCGUGGACCGCGGCCAAUACCUGGCCGAGGUGAUGGGCCAGCUGACAUUGUGCCAGAUGACAUUGGACCUCCCUCACGCCCAGGUUGUCACAAAGACAUCAGGUGCCCCAUCAGGGUGUAUUUCACCAUCGACACCUCGGAGACCAUUGCCUUACAGGAGUCCCCAAUUCCAGCAAUGGUGGAUAAGGUCAAGGAGUUCACAAGAAGCUUUGCUGAGAGGCUGGUUGAUGAGGAGUACAAAGACAUGAAGUUCAACUGGUCCGUUGGAGGCCUACACUUCUCCCAGGAGCAGAAGGUCUUCAGCAAUUUUACAAGGAAGGAGGAGUUCAUCAGGAAACUUGGUGGGAUUAAAUAUCUGGGCAAAGGCACCUUCAUUGACUGUGCCCUCAGAAAAAUGAAAAAUGAAAUCACCCAGAACCCUCUCGAGCCAAAGACCGUCCUCUUUGCUGUGGUCAUCACUGAUGGCCAUGUGACAGGAAGCCCAUGUGGGGGGGUCAAGUCGAUGGCAGAAGAGGCCCAGAAUCGGGGGAUCAAUGUGUUCUCAGUGGCAGCAUCCAAUAGAAAGGACGAAUAUGGUUUGAGGGAGAUAGCCAGCCCUCCCAUUGAAGUGUACCGUGAUGAUUACAUGGCUGUGGACAAUUUGGCCAGACCCCCAAGAAUACAGGACGAAACAAUAAAAAAGAUCAUGAAAGCCAUGAAAUAUAAAGCCUAUCAAGAGUGUUAUACACAACAAUGCUUUGAAAACCCUGGGAUGCCCGGACCGAAGGGGUAUAAGGGUCAAAAAGGUUUUAAAGGAGACAGAGGUGACCCUGGGCGAAAAGGUGAAAAGGGGAAAGAGGGUGAUUCUGGCAUUGAAGGUCCAAUCGGACCACCCGGUCCAAAGGGAAAAACCGGUUUGAAAGGUGACAUGGGUGAUAUUGGACAAACUGGAUCAAAGGGUGGGAAAGGAGUAGCUGGAUUUAAUGGAACUGAUGGACAAAAGGGUAAAAUUGGCCGAAUUGGACCUCCUGGUUGCAAAGGUGGGCCAGGUGACACGGGACCAAACGGCUACCCUGGAAACGCUGGUGAACCUGGGGUAAAGGGCGAUAAUGGUGAAAAGGGUCACCCUGGCCGCCCUGGGAGAGAUGGUCCCCCUGGCCCUAUCGGUGAUAGAGGACCAAAGGGUGAUAGAGGAAAUAAUGGAAUUCCAGGACAGCCAGGAACUAAGGGAGCACCGGGGAGGGAAGGCUUUCCUGGACCAAAGGGCGACAAGGGAAGAAUAGGGGAGUAUGGACAAAAAGGAGGACAAGGACCUGAUGGGAAAAAAGGAGAGAGGGGAGAUCGAGGGGCACUGGGAACCAGAGGCAAACCCGGGGAAGAUGGAUUCAACGGCUCAAAGGGUAACCCAGGACUACCAGGACCGAGGGGUCAGGCAGGAGAAACAGGAAGCCCUGGAGGAAAUGGCACCGUGGGAAAUAUAGGAGAUCCUGGACCAAGGGGAGAUCCAGGGUCUAAUGGAAUAAAAGGUGACAAAGGGAGGCAAGGAUUCAGCUAUCCUGGACCGAGAGGACCCACUGGAGAUAAAGGCCUUCCAGGCAAAAAUGGAGUCAGGGGGGGCAGAGGUGAAUGUGGCGCCAAAGGAGAACCUGGAAUACCAGGACCAAAAGGAGAUGAAGGAGGUCCAGGUCUUGCGGGUGAGCCAGGACCGAGAGGACCAAAAGGGGUUCAAGGACCUGAUGGAGGACCCGGAGGCCCAGGCGAUCCUGGACUUAAUGACUGUGAUGUCAUGACUUACAUCAGGGAGACGUGCGGUUGCUGUGACUGUGAGAAGCAGUGUGGAGCUCUGGACAUCAUAUUUAUAAUUGAUAGCUCAGAGAGCAUUGGGCUGACAAAUUUCACCCUGGAAAAGAACUUUGUUAUCAACACCAUCAACAGACUGGGAUCUAUGGCCAGCGACCCCAUGUCAACAACCGGCACAAGAGUUGGAGUUGUGCAGUACAGUCACGUUGGGACUUUUGAGGCCAUACAUAUUGACGACCCCAAAGUAAACUCCUUAUCUGCCUUCAAAAACGCUGUGCGGAACCUGGAGUGGAUUGCUGGGGGCACCUACACACCCUCAGCUCUCAGGUUUGCCUAUGACACCCUCAUGAAAAGCAGGAGGACUAGAGCCAAAGUGUCCGUGGUGGUGGUUACAGAUGGCCGCUAUGAUCCAAACGACAAGAAUACUACUUGGCUCACGUCCUUUUGCAGCGAGGCCAAUGUGGUGGUGAAUGCCAUCGGGGUCAGUGAUAUGUUUGACCACAAACAUGAUGAUGAGACCCUGAACUCGAUAGCGUGCAUCAAUCAAAACCGUAAAGACAAUCGUCUAAUGAAGAUGUCGAAGUUCAGUGACUUGGUGGCAGAACAGUUUCAACAAGAAAUGGAGACUAUUCUCUGUCCAAAUCCAGAGACUGUGUGCCCUGAACUUCCCUGUAGAACCGAACCCUAUGUGGCCCCUUGUGUGCAGCGGCCAGUGGAGUUGGUAUUUCUACUAGAUGGCUCGGAGCGCCUUGGGCCACGCAACUUCCGUCAUGUCCUUGACUUUGUGCAGAAGGUGGCAGACGAACUUGUCCUGGCCCGCAAUAAGAAUGAUAGUAUGCGAGCCCGCAUAGCUCUAAUGGAGUACGGCAAUGACGAUGAGCAAGUUGAGGCCUUCCCUCUCACACACAACCCUACUGUCAUUGCUGACAAGAUAUCUCGCUUGACUUAUCUGGAUUCUUCCUCAAGCGUGGGACCGGCCAUCGACCACACCAUCAAUAACAUCCUGGGUCAAGGAAAAACUCGAAAGACCAGACUCAAUGCAGAGAUUUCGUUUGUGUUCAUCACGGACGGUGUCACAGAGAACAGAAACCUGGAUGAAUCGCUUAGUCUCAUGCGCGGGGCACGGGUGGUCCCCACGGUGAUAGCCCUAGGAAAUGAUGUUGACCAAGAAGUUUUAAAGAAGCUGGCCAUGAAUGACCAAGAUGCCAUCUUCAAAGGAAAAGACUUCAUUGAACUGUCUCAGUCCAGGUUUUUUGACCGUUUCAUCAAGUGGAUAUGUUAAAGAGAGCCCACGCUCAUGUGGACAUAGAGAUCAUGCUGGUGCUAAUGCUGUUAAACAUUUUAAAACUAUGAUUAUACUAUGUGCUGUAAAAUUUGCAAAUGACAUCACUGCCAGCUGUAUUCAUCUUUCGUAUUUUUCACACAAACACACGUAAGAGUUAAGCAUUCUUAAGCUUUAUUGAUUAAAGAUAAUAAACCUGCAGUUUACCGGA